AUGGCAGCUCUCUCCCCUUCCUCAGUUUCCCUGGUGGUGCCUGCAGCAGCUGCAGCUGCUGCUGCUGCUGUGUCCGCGUCUGGUGCAGCAGCAGCAGCAGAACUCUGCAGCAAACGCGUUGCUGCUGCUGCGCUGCUGCAGCAAUUCGAUGUCUUCGUCUUUGACUGCGACGGGGUCUUGUGGCACGGCAGCAAACUGCUGCCGGGCAUCCGGGGCAUGCUGCAGCAGCUGCAGCAGACCCCCCGCAGCAGCAGCAACAGCAGCAGCAGCAACAGCAAAAAGAGCGUCUACUUCCUCACAAACAACAGCACUCUUAGCCGCAGGGGUUUCAUUGAAAAGCUAAAUGGGCUGGGAAUUAGGGCCACGGAGCAGCAGGUUCUGUGCACAAGUUAUUCAACGGCCAGGUACAUCCUGCAGCAGCGGCAGCAGCAGCAGCAGCAGCCCUGCAGCAGCAGCAGCACAGAGCAGCAGCAGCAGCAGCCCUGCAGCAGCAGCAGCACAGAGCAGCAGCAGCAGCAGCAGCAGCUGCAGCAGCUGCUGCUGAGGCCGAAGGUGUAUGUGGUUGGAGAGAAGGGUUUGCUGGAAGAGCUGCGCUUGAACGGCAUCGACGCCAUUGGCGGUUCCGAAGGUGCUAAACCCUAA